GUUAUCAAACACGUUUGGACGCGUUCUGUAUCUUUCAGCUGAUUCAUCAAAAGUUACCGUGAAUGCAAUUAAAUCGCGGCAUACAAACACUGCAGACACUUAGAUUACUGAAUCACCUCUACCGAGAAGCAAUCCACCGACUCGUUGCCGCUAUCAACAUGCCACCAAAGCGAAAGAGUAAUGAUAGUGAUGCAAUGAAGACAAAAAAGACAAAAGUAGAUAACAAGGAAGCCAAAGGUGCAGGAAGCGAAAAACCAACAUUAGAUUCACUAGAUUUCAGUUUGAAUGCUAAAACAACAGAUGGAAAGGAAUGGAAUAUAAAAUUGGUUUCAUGGAAUGUCAAUGGAGUCAGAGCUUGGUGUAAGAAUGAGGGACAUAAAUAUGUUAGCAAGGAAGAUCCAGACAUCUUUACGAUCCAGGAAACAAAAUGCCAAGAAGGAGAAGUUCCAGAUGAUGUCAAAUUUGAUGGUUACCAUAGUUACUGGUCGUAUGCUGAGGAGAAAGGUUAUGCUGGCACUGGGCUCUACAGCAAAGUGGAACCUAUUAGUGUUACCUAUGGUAUAGGAAUUAAUAAACAUGACAAAGAAGGACGGUGUAUUACGGCAGAAUAUGAGAAGUUUUACUUCAUAUCUACAUAUAUUCCAAAUGCUGGGAAAGGUCUAAAAAGGUUGAGUUACAGACAGGAAUGGGACAAAGAUUUUAGAGAGUACAUGAAAAAAUUGGAUGAAAAGAAGCCAAUAAUUUGGUGUGGGGAUCUCAAUGUCGCUCAUCAAGAAAUAGAUUUAACAAAUCCCAAGACAAAUAAGAAAACUGCUGGAUUUAGUAAAGAAGAACGUGAGGGUUUCACAAAGCAUUUAGAAAUCGGUUUGGUGGACAGUUACAGACAUCUGAAUCCGGAGAAAACUGGUGAAUGGUCAUUCUGGACAUACAUGAUGAAUGCUAGAGGCAAGAAUAUUGGAUGGCGUUUGGAUUAUUUCGUACUUUCAAAGAGACUACUUCCUUGUCUAUGUGACAGUAUUAUAAGAAGUCAAGUGUACGGAAGUGACCACGCACCCAUUGUACUCUUUAUGGCAUUCUAAACUUGUAUACAGGGUUUGGUCUUCCCUUAAGACUGCUACAGGGAUGACGACAUGUUUUCAUUGGAAAGCAGAAUUCAACUAAAGAUAUCUUUGAUGAGUUGUUUGUUAAUUUGUAUACAAACUACCAAGCUAAGUGACAAUUGAGUGUUGCGGUUUAAAACUAUAUAGAAUACAGCUUUUAUACAUUCAAUUUUCAUCUAUUAUUUUGAACAGAUUUUUUUUUCUCAUUGUUUGCAAAAAAAAAAAAAAAAUCAAAAAAUCACCUGUAUUU